UGUAACAGAAAGCAGAAAGCCACUUCCGCCGGUCUCGUUCGCCAGCGAUCUCUCCAUUGGCUUCCUUCCCAAUUCCCUGAAGGAAACGAUGGAUCCAAACCCUAAGUCCUUUCCCAUCCUCUCCUACGUGAUGUCAAGGAUCGCCUCCUUCAAGGCUCCCCAAGCCGUCGACCACCAUGACGUCGAGCAGCCACCUCCGCUCGAUCGCCCCAUCCGUCGCCACGACGGCGUCGGCGGUGGCGACAUCGACCUGGUGGUGGAGCGGCUGCCCCGACUCCAGCACCCAGCCCUCCUCGCGUCCAUGGCCUCUGCUGUCACCGAGGUCGCCCAGACCCGCUCCGUCCUCCGCCUCCUCGGCGACCGCCCCGACCACGAGGCCGUCGACGCCGCCCGCGCCCGCGUCGCCGAGAUCGACGCCGACCUCUCCCGGGGGCUCGAGGAGAUCGUCCGGGCUCCCCGCCCCGAGGGGGUCGACCGGCUUCGGUGGCGGGCGGAGCAGGCGGAGCGGGAGAAGGGGUGCCGGGCGGAGGCGGAGCGGGAGAAGGCCGCGCUGCGGGCCGUGAUUCAACUGGACGAGAUGCACGAGGCGUACGAGAAGCUGCUGAGGGAAGCCGAGAACAGGCUGGUCAAGAUGUAUGGAUCCGCCGCUGAGGGCGGCGAUGUCGGCGACGGUAAGCUGGGUGCUGAGAUGGGACAGGAGGAAGGGGAGGAGGUGAAUGAGGAGGUGAUUGACAUCCUGCAAGGAGGGCCAGGGAUGUCAUUGGAGAGGGUGGACCUCUCAGGCCGCCAUCUACGGUAUCUUCCGGAGGCGUUCGGGAAGUUGCGAGGCUUGCUGUACCUCAACUUGUCCAACAAUCAAUUACAGGCUGUUCCGGAUGCCAUAGCAGGGUUAGAGUAUCUGGAGGAACUUCAUCUUUCUUCCAGCAGUCUGGUUUCGUUGCCUGAUUCAAUUGGACUACUGUUGAAUCUUAAGAUUCUUGAUGUGUCUGCUAACAAGCUCAAGUCACUGCCAGAUAGUAUUUCAAAAUGCAGGUCCCUGGUUGAGCUGAAUGCAAGCUACAAUGAGCUAACAUAUCUGCCGACUAAUAUCGGGCAUGAGCUGCAGAGUCUGGAGAAACUUUGGAUCCACCUCAAUAAGUUACGUUCUCUUCCUACAUCUGUUUGUGAGAUGAGAGCUCUGCGCCUUUUGGAUGCCCACUUCAAUGAACUUCGAGGGUUGCCAUAUGCCAUCGGUAAUUUGUCAAAUCUGGAGGUUCUGAAUCUGAGCAGUAACUUCAGUGACCUGCAGGAGCUUCCUGCUUCAUUUGGUGAUUUGAUCAACCUCAGGGAACUUGAUCUCAGUAACAAUCAGAUCCAUGCACUGCCCGAUACGUUUGGCCGCCUAGACAAACUGACAAAGCUAAAUUUGGAUCAGAACCCAUUGGUUGUCCCCCCGCUGGAGGUCAUCAUGCAAGGGGUUGAAGCAGUGAAAGACUACAUGGCAAAAAGACUGCUCGACAUUUUAUUAGAGGAUGAGAAGAGUAUGGCCGAAGAAAUGUCACCGACGCAAGCCGGUAAUGGUUGGUUGAUGCGCAGCACCUCUUGGCUUAACAGUUGGGUUUCUGGGGUUUCUGGGAGUGUUGCAGGGUAUCUUGGUUCAGGACAGAAGUCUUUCAGGGAUCCCUAUCUUGACCAGCAGUUGUGAUCAUCAAUCUGCUAUGUCCAAGUCUUUUAAUUUGUAUAGAUAACGAGAGAGAAAAAGUGAGCAGCAGCUACACUUUGUUUCGACACUUUCUCUUUCCCCCCCCAGAUUAGAGUCUCCUGCUUCUUCAGUGAUAAGUGGAAGCAAAUGACAGUAAGAAAUCCACAUGAUGUUUGUGUACAAAUUUGGCUUUUCCUUGAAGUUUUUUAUGCCUAUUAGUUUGUUCCUUCUGAUAAAUUUGAAUGAUUAAUGAGAUUGGUCCA